AUCUUUACCGAAAUAGUGGCGUGCAUUCAAAACUAAAAAUCUAAAUGGGAUGUGGUCAGGCGACUGCGGUGGAGUCGAAGUUGACCGGUCGUUUUAUUCAAAGUUGAGAAUAUUUAUACUGGCGUUUUGCGGAGAGGUGCGUUGCGCGCAGUGGUGCGGCUAUCUACUCUGUUUCUCCAAACAUUUCAAGGACACAGACAGAAAAAAAGACUUGUUCCACAGUAGGAAGUGAACAUAGAAGUCAGAAUGGCAGCUGUGGCACUCAAUGGAUCGAACAUAACUACGGGGAACUUUACGAAUCAGUUUGUUCAGCCGCCUUGGCGCAUUGCCCUGUGGUCGGUCGCCUAUAGCUCCGUUUUGGCGGUGGCUGUGUUCGGAAACCUCAUUGUCAUAUGGAUAAUUCUCGCCCACAAACGAAUGCGGACAGUCACCAACUAUUUCCUUUUGAACUUGGCAUUUUCGGACGCAUCUAUGGCCGCCUUCAACACUUUAAUUAAUUUCAUAUACGCUGCCCACGGAGACUGGUACUUCGGAGAGGCUUAUUGCAGGUUUCAAAACUUUUUCCCCGUCACCUCCGUGUUCGCAAGCAUCUAUUCGAUGACUGCAAUUGCCGUGGAUAGGUACAUGGCCAUCAUCCACCCUCUGAAGCCCCGGUUGUCGGCUACAGCCACCAAGGUGGUGAUCAUGUGUAUCUGGGCGCUGGCCGUGGUGCUGGCCUUCCCACUCUGCUUCUACUCCACCAUCCGCAUCCUGCCCCGCCGAACCAUCUGCUACGUGGCCUGGCCCCGCAAGGAGGACGACCCCUUCAUGUUUCAUAUCAUUGUGAUGGUACUGGUCUACCUGCUGCCCCUAAUGGUAAUGGGAAUCACCUACACCAUCGUCGGGGUGACUCUGUGGGGGGGAGAGAUCCCAGGGGAUUCAUCUGACAACUACCACGGCCAGCUCCGGGCCAAGAGGAAGGUGGUCAAGAUGAUGAUCAUCGUGGUGGUGACCUUCGCCCUCUGCUGGCUGCCGUACCACGUCUACUUCAUCACGACGGGACUCAACAAGGCUCUGAUGAGGUGGAAGUCCAUCCAGCAGGUCUACCUGUCAGUGCUGUGGCUGGCCAUGAGCUCCACCAUGUACAACCCCAUCAUCUACUGCUGCCUCAACAGCAGGUUCCGGGCUGGCUUCAAGCAGGUGUUCCGCUGGUGCCCCUUUGUCCAGGUGUCCAGCUAUGACGAACUGGAGCUGAGGGCCACGCGCCUCCACCCGGCCCGCCAGAGCAGCAUGUACACCUUGUCUCGCAUGGAUACCGCCGUGGUAGUGGUGUAUGACCCUGUAGACAGAACAAACAACCAGAACCAGGCCAGGAAGAAGAGCUACGUCAACCCUAGAGUGGAAAACGGGCUUGGUUGCAAUAGGAACGGGGCCAAGGCAGGCUGCGCCCCCAAUGCUGAGGCUGAGGACUUCUCCUAAAGGAGGGCAUACGAGAAAGCAGACAAACACACUGGCAUGUGUUCACACACACAGGCAUGUAUAGAGUGGUAACUUAUACUGUGUACAGUACAUGCAAAAACAGGUAGACAUUGCAAACAUGCAUACAAGACAUGCUGUCCCUGUCAAUACACACACAUGCAAACACACACUUUUCAAAGAGUUCAGUGAAGAUGGCAGAAAACACAUGUUAGAUGAGAAGCAGGAAUUCAUUGUCAAAUAUAACCAUCAGAUAACAUAUUGUUGUACGGUCUGUAAUACUGAGUGUACUGUAUAUAAAAACAUGCAUACGCAAAAAUAUACAAAAAAUGCCUGGCCAAGUAACAUCCUGAAUGUAAAGGCUACUGAGUGUUCAAAACAUUAUAAAACACCUGCUCUUUCCAUGACAUAGACUGACCAGGUGAACCCAGUUGAAAGCUAUGAUCCCAUAUUAAAUCCACUU